UAAAGGGCUGCGCGGGGCGGCGGGUGUGCGGUGCCGGGCGGGUGCUGCCGUUUAGGGGCGCGGGCGGGUGUGUGCGUGCGGGGCUGCCGGGCGAGAUGAGCGAGAGACAAGGAACCGGAGCUACAAAUGGAAAAGAUAAGACAUCUGGUGAGAACGAUGGACAAAAGAAAGUUCAAGAGGAAUUUGACAUAGACAUGGAUGCACCAGAGACAGAGCGGGCGGCGGUGGCAAUACAGUCCCAGUUCAGGAAAUUCCAGAAGAAAAAAGCGGGGUCCCAGUCCUAGCAGCUACCUUAUAGCUGAAAGCAAAGUAACCCUGAAAUGCUUUAUCAAGAAUAUGAGAAAUAUCACAAAGAUGCAUGUACAGAAAUGAUCAAUAUUUAAAGCCCCAUUGGCAGAUAAUAAACCAUAAGCUCCUGUGUGACUUCAUCCCAGGUGUUUCACACCCAUUAUCCUCUGUAACUCACCAUUUUACUUGAUGUUGUAAUAAAAAGUUAGGGUGAAGUAAUUAAAGUGUCUGCCUUCAUCUGUCGUUUCAUAUAAAUCUAGCAAGCGCAGCGUUACAAAUGAACCCAGCCCAGAUGCCUAUUUUCCUCUUCACUUAAAGCUUGGAGACAUCACAGCACCGUAUGUUACAAGGAUUUUGCUGAGGGAUGAAAGCAUGUGCCUCAGCCCUGUUUGCCUCAUUUGGAGAAUUCCAGCUGCCAACCAAAUGUAACAAUAAAAUCCUUUUCUCAUAAUAAGCUUAAAGUAAAAAGUUGCAGACAGAAGCUGACAGGAGGAUAAGAGCUGUAGGAAACCACAGACAUUUAUUUGUGUCUUGCAAUUUUGCCAGUAAAGUGGCUUAAGUGGGGAAAUUGUCAUUGUCCUUCCUGUUUGAAUGAUGAAGUCCAGCUUGGACCACAUUGACUGUUAUGGAGGAAAAAAAGGAAAAUCCAAGUUCAGAUGUCCUUGGAAGUUGUUUUUUUUUAAUUUAUAAAAAUAGAAGCUGACCCUCUGUGCUCUGUUCACUCUCCAUCUAGUCAGUAACAAUUUCUGUGCCAUUUCUCUUAUUUCCUAUUGUUUGUAGUGUUUGAUGAGUAAAUCAUAACAGACUCCCUGUCUCCAUCUACACUAUUUGUAAUUUAAAGCGAUUUUGCAUGAAACCCUGUAUCACUGUAUUAGUCCAGUUUUUUAUUAAUAGAAAACAGCCACAGUGAUGUUUCUUAUAUUGGGACAUUUAUUUUCUCCCUACUGUAAAAGGGCAGCAGAACAACUCCAGGCUAAACCUGAGUAAAAAUCUUGCCUGGAUUCACACUUGAUCAGAAAUUAGCAGCCUAUAUAAGGCACAGGAAAUGUUCAGGAAUGGUCUUCAUGGUUUCUUGUAGACAGAAAACUGAGCUAUUUAGAUGGAGCAAACAGGGUAUUCACUACACAGAGACAUGGCCAAAAUCCCACCCUCUUCUCAGUUUCAGCAGCAGGUGUAAGGGUCCCAGCAGGCAUCUUCAUCCCUGGGGAAAUUAGAGACAGAAGUGUUUUCAGAAGGAUUGGUGAUUGCAGCAAUUCUCCAAGAAAGCAGCAUGAUCCUCACCUCCAGUCUGACAGAGAUAGGUGUGCUGAGAGGUGGCAGUCUGCCUACUCUUAGCUAAACAGCCUGGAACUGAAACUGCUUCAGGUGUGAGAGAUUUAGGUUUAAUUUCCAGCUCUGUGUAGUGGCAUUUGCUGUCUAUUCUCCCACCUGCCAGGACAUGACAGACGACAGAGCGUCAGGCUUCUCACAUAAACUGGAAGCUACCACAGAGGGAUAGGAAUGGAGGGAAAGUGAAGAUCUUAUGCUGUGGCAAUCACAUCCCAUAUGUGGGAUGUGGAGCAGUCACACCUUGGAGCAGUGAUACUGAAAAGGUUCAAAGCUUUGAGUGAAAGUCAGGCUGCAAGACUGCAGUGGGACUUAUAUGGAUUGAGGCACUUAAAGCACUGGGCAGCCAGUUUAGUGAGAAGCUAAAAUGUGAUAGCAGGCAGUAGAAACUCUGGUACCAUGCUUAUUAGGAGGAGCCCUCAGAGAUAUUGGGUAGAGAAAGUCUUAUGGAUCCUGUGGCAGUGCAGAAGUGAUGUGCAGAGAGAGUGUGUGAGGUGUUCAAUAAACACAGCAAGACUGGUCAGGAAAUGACAGGAUGUUUUUAGAUCUUAAUUCAGAGAUAAGCCCCUAAAUGCUGCCUAGAUGCUGCCUUAGGCACCUUUGUCAGGCCCCGGCUGUGUGCAUGACAUACUACUGCACAUCACUAGUAAAGUCAGAGUUCUUUGAGCCACAGCUGAGUGCUCCACUCCAGGAGAAGCAUUGAUUCUCUGUAUUUAGGAAUUUCACAGAUAAACCUCAGACAACAUUGCUGCUGUGCUUGAAGUGUAACUUAUGGAGGCUACAUAUCCCCUCCCUUAUCAUUCCCAGAGACUGCUCAUCAUCUAAUAAUCACCUUAGUAUAAUAAUUGAAAAAUUGUACUGGGUUUGGAUUGCGUUGGUGUCAUUUUGUUUAGAUGAACAUAUGUCUGUAAUAAGGGACUGCGUUUGCGUUCCACAUUAUGUCAUGUGAAAUAGCAUGAGCUCUGUAAUAGCUAUUUAAUUGAAUAAAAACUCUGGG